AUGGCCAGGCUGAAUGAAGGUCGAUUACACCUGCCGAAUUGGGCCACAGCCGUUGCUAGCGAGUCAUCCACACCUUACUUCACAGACUUCGCUAUGGGCUACCUUAGUCGACACUCAGUACCGGGCUCGCUUUGCUUUCCUCAUGUCAUCAAUCUUUCAGACACAGAAUUUGAUCGACAGAAGAGGGCAUCAACAUCUAUUGGACCCCAGAUCAACGAUGGAGUCGCUCGUGCAUCCGAGAUCAGCAAACUACCCUAA